AUGUCGGAUACUUGCGACCACCAAGCCGUCUACAUGAACUGCAGCCCUACUGCAGCGAACGCAGGAUUCGUGCGACCUUCUCCUGAGCAGAGGACACUAGCAAUGUCGAAGAUAGGCAGACUAGCCAGGGGAGCAUACCUCGCCAGAGAAGAUGCUGUGAAUGACGAGCAGACUUUCCCUGGGCCGCUGGUGCUACCCGGAGACCACCUAGCAGAACACCCAAGAGAGCAGGGCCAGACCUGCAAGGACUGGCUCGCUAGUGAAGCUACCCAAAAGCGCUUCCAGGAAAUCUCGACCAGGAAGAAGAUGUACGUGUUCGGCCCACCGAGUGUAAAACGACUACCCGAAGAAAUGAGAAGCUGGUCACUCCCAGUUCUACCGCCAGGCUUUCCCCCUUUUCCAGAUCGUUGGACCUGGACAUUAAAGCAGUAUAAACAACUGAUCGUUUACCUCCGUGCAUUCUACACCACCAUGCCAAUAUCCCAAUUCGCCCACACUUCGCACCUUGAACUGAUCCAAGGACGGAGGCGUGUCCACUUUGAGGACACUCCCCAGACAUCAGUCAUCGGCUUCAGAGGCAAAGAUGGCAGGGAUACCUUUGAGGUACGACACCGCCCGUCGCCGGAUGGGCUGUCAAAGAUGCAGCUCAACGUCUCUGACUUGAGGACUGCUCUUGCGGAGAUCAAAGCCGAACCAGCUCAUUCAGUAGUCAUGGUGUUAAACCAUGACCUCUACGAAGACGAAGAGGGAAGCUACAUCACAGAGAGAGUAUGGGUGGAGGAUGGAGUGGCAAUCGUGUCGACAUUCCGUCGUAAUCCAUGUUUCGAUAGGAUGGCAGGCAUCGACCGGUUGCAUAGGUGGCCAGCGAGCCACUGCCAGGCCUACGUGGACACUCGAAACCACCUCUCCUUCGAGGCCUUCGGUAAACCGCCUGGUGACUCUGCGCUCGGUCUUGCGAUCAAAGCUGCCAACCAAGCUGGCCAGCCAUCUUCAAUGGAGGAUCUCUCGUACCUAUGGUUCGCACGAGUUCUCGUUGCUGUGUCUCGGGAAGCUGCCCGUUGUUUCGGGCUACAGAAUUGCAACUACUAUGCCUGUCUCAUGCAGGGCGUGAGUGGGAUGCGCCAGGCGGGCGAGAUACCUCCGUAUCUCUGCCCAGUCUGUUACUCGAAACUCGGGUCGGAACUGGUCCUUCUGCAGCCUGUGUAUAGACGCGGGAUUGAAAGGGAGGAUGCCUGGCUUGGGGAGCAUUACGCUGAACUGAAGGCGUUUUGCAACAAAUGGAACAAGAUUCCGCAUUUCGCCGCCUUUGAGGCAUGGCUGGGAAAGCGACUGGAGGAUCGCAAGGGUGAUGGUGAUGGCGGUGACACGGCUGGGCCUUCAAACUAG